AUGAAAAAAUUAGGCCUGCACGUGAACGAUUUCAAUUUUCCUGAUCGUUCAUGAUUUCUAAACCUUUAUACAACAAAAGAGAUGAAACCUAGACCAAAGAAAUAAAACCUAAAUAGAGAUUUUAUUUGCUAAUUAUUGUAAUAAAUUACGAUAAAUAUUUUUACGUCAGAUAUUUUAUAUAUUUCUACGUAUUAUGCGUAAUACGUGCAUUUUUGCAACUUCCAGUUUUUCAUAAAUGCAUAAAAAUACGAUUAAUGUGACGUUAAUUGUUAAUUGAUGAUACACAGGUCGUGGCUGCGGAGGCCGAAUAUUUAAUUACGCUGGAUCGUUUACAUCACCCCUGUACCCUAACGAAUAUCGCAAUAUCUCGACAUGUUUCUGGGAUAUUACCGUGCCAACUAGCAUGAAAGUCGUCGUCGAGUUUCCAGUAUUCGAUAUCGGCACGAAGAGCACCUGUAACUAUAAUUACAACGUCGUGUUCAUGUAUGACGUCACGACGGAUGGAGAGGCAGUUCUUGCAAAUACUUAUUGCGGAGGGGAUCAACCAGCACCGUUCGUAGCCACCAGCAAUCGAAUGAUAGUGAAAUAUAUUUCAUCGAUGAACAACGUUGGAACAGGUUGGAGGGCCACAUUCGAGGGUCGAGUCCAGUAA